UUGGCAUAAUAAAUAAACUUGCGUGAAUCGGAAGCGGCAAUAUUUUAACACGUGUUUUUCAUUUUAAAACAAAUUCUGCUUUAAAAUGGUUCGGAAAAAGUUAGAUAAUCGAAUACGCGUCUUAAUCGAAAAUUGUGUGACAUUGCAUCAUCGAUCUCUCUUUGUUGUUGUAGGAGAAAAAGCUAGAGAUAGUAUUCCUAUUCUUCAUGAGAUGCUAUCAAAAGCAGAAGUUAAAGCUAGGCCAACUGUAUUAUGGUGCUACAAAAAGGAUUUAGGAUUCUCAUCGAAUAAGAAAAAGCAAAAGAGAUUGAAGAAGGCUCAAGCUGCUUUGAGUAAACAACAUCUGGAUGAAAAUGAUUCCAUUGAAUAUUUUGUAGCAUCAACUAAUAUCAGAUAUUGUUAUUACAGCGAAACUCAUUCCAUCAUGGGUCAGACUUUUGGAAUGGCUAUUCUUCAGGAUUUUGAAGCUCUCACUCCAAACUUACUUGCCAGAACAAUUGAAACAGUGGAAGGUGGGGGUAUGAUACUCCUUUUACUCCAAACAAUUACAUCAAUAAAGCAACUCUAUACUAUGUCCAUGGAUGUCCAUGCUCGUUAUAGAACAGAAGCUCAUCAACAUAUUGUGUGUAGAUUUAAUGAACAUUUUAUUUUGUCUUUGACAAAGUGUUCAAAUUGUUUGUUUCUGGAUGAUCAGUUGAACAUUUUACCUAUUCAAUCUAAUGCCUUAAGCAUAAAACCAGUGCCAGCUAAAUCUUGGGAUGCUCCGAAAACUCCCGAGGAGCAGAAAUUGUUGGAUCUGAAAGCUUCACUGGAUGGUUCCCAACCAAUGCAUGUUCUUGUGAAGAAAUGUAAAACAUUAGACCAAGCUGAAGCUGUAAUGAAGUUCAUUGAUUCACUUUCAGAAAAAACUCUUCGCAGUACUGUUACAUUAACAUCUGGGAGAGGUAGAGGAAAAUCAGCUGCUUUAGGGCUUGCUGUAGCUGCUGCUAUUGCGUUCAAGUAUCCAAAUAUUGCUGUUACUUCGCCACAUCCAGAAAACUUAAAAACAUUUUUCCAGUUUCUUUUAGAAGGAUUAGAUGCUCUUGGUUAUGAGAAAGCAACAGAUUAUGAGGAAGUAAGAUCUACUAACCCAGAAUUCAAUAAAGCUAUCAUACAAGUUAAUGUGAUGAGGAAAAUAAGGCAGAGAGUUCGUUAUAUUCAGCCAUCCUGUACAAAACUAGAUAGUGUCGAACUGUUAGUUAUAGAUGAAGCAGCUGCAAUUCCUCUUCCAUUUGUGAAGGCUUUAAUGGGGCCUUAUUUAAUAUUCUUAGCAUCUACUAUUAAUGGUUAUGAAGGAACCGGGAGAUCACUUUCUCUAAAACUUAUUAGUCAGUUACGAAAACAAUCAAGUGAAAAGCCUGUGGCAGGGGAAGUUAAAAGUCGAAAAUCUCUUACAGGUCGAGUUUUACAUGAAUUGACUCUAAAUGAAUCAAUACGUUAUAAAAAAGGAGAUAAAAUUGAAAGCUGGCUGAAUAAUAUGCUGUGCCUGAAUGUAAUUAUUCCUCCUAUAACCCGAACAUCUAAUCCUACCCCAGAAGAAUGCAAAUUAUGUUAUGUCAAUAGAGACACACUUUUCAGUUAUCAUAAAGAUGCUGAGCGAUUUCUCCAGAAACUGGUAGCCAUUUUGGUGGCUUCUCAUUAUAAAAAUUCUCCAAAUGAUUUACAGAUGAUGUCUGAUGCUCCUGCUCAUCAUGUCUUUUGUCUUUGUGCACCUCCUGAUGAGGAUGCUAAGAAAAAUGCAUUACCUGAAGUGUUAUGUGUUUUACAGGUAUGUUUGGAAGGUAAACUGACAGAGCAAACUGUAAAGCAUGAAUUAAGUCGUGGAAGACGCAGUGCUGGUGAUUUGAUUCCGUGGGUCAUUUCACAAGAGUUUGCUCAAGAAGAUUUUCCUUCGCUUUCUGGUGCUAGGAUUGUUCGAAUAGCCACUCAUCCUGAUUAUCAAGGUAAAGGAUAUGGACUGUUGGCCUUAAAAUUGUUGCAAGAUUUUUACGAAGGGAAAUUUUAUUUAAAUGAGCCAUCCACAUUGAUCAUGGAUCCUGUGGUAUAUAAUGAUGAAGAGAUGAUGGUGGAUGAUGUUUUGGAAGAAAAGCUGGAAUCCCAAGCAUCAUUACCUGCUCUUUUCCCUCCGCUGAAUAAAAUAAAACCAGACAUUUUAGAUUAUAUGGGUGUAUCUUAUGGUUUAUCUGAAGAAUUGCUAAGGUUUUGGAAGAAAGCCCAAUUUAUGCCAGUUCAUUUAAGUUAUGUGCCUAAUCAACUAACAGGUGAGCAUUCCUGUAUUAUGCUUAAGCAACUUGCUGGCAAAACAACAACUUCCAACUGGCUAUCAUCAUUUGUCACUGACUUUAGUUGGAAGACCAUUGAAACUAUAUUGUGGUUAAAUAAACUAGAUGCUAAGCUUGCUUUAAGUCUGGUGUCUCAUGAAAACCAUCUUGAUGAAUACCAAGGUCUAUCAAAACUGGAAGUUGUCAAACAUCUAGAUGAAGAGAGUCUUUUGAAUUUGAAAGAAUUCUGUUCGAAUUCUGACUAUGGUUUACCUAUAAAGGAUAGUGUGAAUGUGUUAUCAAAGUUUUAUUUUACACGUCGAUUUAAAGAUAUUGAUUUAAAUAAAAAUGAAGAAAUGGUUUUGAUGUCCUGUGGUAUUUUACGCAAAUCAUUUGAAACUGUAGCUCAUGACUUAGGUAUGCCUUUAGAUACAGUGAAAUCAGAAUUUAUGACUGGUUUUAAGAAAAUAGCUUCUUGUGUGGUUCAUAUAUGUGACAAUUUAGAAACAUAAAAAGAAAAUGUAUAUAUUUUUGUAAAUAAAUUUUUA